GAAUAUAAGAAGUCCGGUCAGCCCAGCCUGGCCCUCAGAGCCAACCUAGCAUAGAGACCCACACAUCUGCUAGAGAGAGCUGCGCUCAGCGCCCACGCCCACUCUUCUGGCUAGCCUUCACCCAAGCAGCAGAAGAGGACUUCAGAGAGGGAUUGAACACAUAUAAGCAGCUGCACACAUCAACCAGCUAACUAAUAACCAUGAAUCUCGAGGUCCCCAAGUUGGAGAUCAAGUCUGCCACCCGUGUCACUGGAGGCCCUGCAACACCACGCAAGGGACCCCCUAAAUUCAAGCAGAGGCAGACUCGCCAGUUCAAGAGCAAGCCCCCAAAGAAGGGAAUCCAGGGCUUUGGCGAUGACAUCCCUGGAAUGGAAGGCUUGGGCACUGACAUCACAGUAAUCUGCCCCUGGGAGGCCUUCAACCACCUGGAGCUUAGUGAGCUGGCCAAAUAUGGUAUCAUCUAAGUCAUCCAGACCUUCACCAUCCAUCCCACAGUCCUCUGCAUCCACCUCCAUCUACUUCAAGCCAUGCAUGUGCCUCGAGCACUCUCACUGGGUUUGACUAGAACUUUCAAACAUAAACCAAAGAAUAAAUAAAGAAAGAAAACGUUACAGAAAAACAACCGUCUACACUCUUAUCUAGAACCUAAAAGGGUUCUACUGCUGUUUCCGUUGUAGAACCCUUUGUAGACCCCUUUUUUUUGCUACUAGGUAAAAACCCUUUUAGUUCCAGGUAGAACCCUUUUGGGUUUCAUGUAGAACCCUUUCCAUAGAGUAUUCUACAUGGAACCCAAAAGGGUUCUAUUUCUGCCUGGAACCAAAAAGGAUUCUACCUGGAGCCAAAAAAGUUUAUCCUAUGAGGAAGGCCGAAGAACCCUUUUGGAACCCUUUUUUUCUAAGAGUGUAUCCAUCUUUCACUGGUUUCUUGUUUUGUUUCUGCUGCCAACGUUCACAUCAUACAAAAUGUCUGCUCAUGAUUAGGACUCUGUUCUGGUAUCGCUGUCUAUUGCAGCAACCGGCAGCCAUUUUGCCCUUCUCUCCUCCACCAUCUCCACGUGCUUCUCUUCUUCUAUCCUCUCCUUUACACGGAACACAACAAACAACACUUACGAAAGCAAAGCAGCCUCAACCUUGAGGAAACAAACAGGUGACAUACUCGUGAAAUGGGUGGGUUCUCAUUUCAUGUGCCUCGGCACCUCUGCUGUCAUCAUAGACGCCUGCCCAUCUAUGUGGAAUAUUACACAUAUAAUACAUGACUCCUGUAGAGAUGAGACAGCUGCUGGUCAUUGCUGAGCUGUAAUCUGUCCCUGGGACAAUGUGGAUGAAGCUACAUCAUCCCACUCCCCUUUUCCUCUCCCUCACUUAUCCAUUAGUGGUACACACACACACACACACACACACAACUUUAACAGAAGCAGGAUUAUAACAUUCCAUCCUGUUUAACACUGGCAUACUCUUCACUUCUCCUUUUCUUAUACUGAUUUUCUAUAUAUUAUUUUUAUAAUAAAUGAUUUAUGACUAUCUUUAUUAUAUAUCAUAUACAGUACCAGUCAAAAGUUUGGACACACCUACUCAUUCCAGGGUUUUUCUUUAUUUUUUAGUAUUUUCUACAUUGUAGAAUAAUAGUGAAGACAUCAAAGCUAUGAAAUAACAAGAGAGUGCAAAGCUGUCAUCAAAGCAAAGGGUUGUUAUUUUGAAGAAUCUGAAAUAUAAAAUACAUUUUGAUUUGUUCAAAAA